CGGUAGCCCAAAUGUGAUGUGUAACGUGGCGUCCGAUGCGAUAGGGACAACCUCAAAUAUACCGUAUUCCACCGAUACAUUUUCUGUACUUUUGGGUUGCUCCUAGGAAUUCACUACCAGCAGCUGUCGAUAAUGGUCAUAACUAUUACGCCAGCCAUGUCCGUGCAGUAUGAGUGAUUGUUUCUGGGGAGUCGAGCACAUCUUCCUGACGCAAUGCCUCCCUGCGAGGCACGGGGGAAUUCUGAGGACCUGUGUAAGAUACACCGGGGGAAGGAGUUUUCCAUUAACCCUUCCUACCAAGAGGUCUGUAUGGGAAACAUAGGCCAUACAGAAGCGAUCAGGAUCGAGUUCGACCCGUCGGUAGUAUCGUAAGCCGAGCUCGUAGGUGAGUCUG